AUGCUGGCCUCGCUCCUGGCGGCUGCGGCGUCCGCUUGCAGCCGGCGGGCGCCUGCUGCCUCCCUGGCGGGGGCCGGCGCCUCGCUGAGCAGCGCGGCGCCUGGGCCCGCGGUGCAGACCGCCAACGUGCACCUGACCCCUUGCGGGGCCGGCGGCUCGCCGGCUGGCGCGGCCCCUGGCGCGGGCCCGGCGACCCGGGACGUGGGUGCGCAGACGGAGCCCGAGGAGCCGGCCUGGGCCUACGCGGUCUGGGCGUGUCCAGCGGCCCCGGACCUCGUGGGGGUCCACUGCGGCGCGCGGCGGGCAUGGGGCGCCAUCGCCGGGCGGAUCGGCGGGCACCGCUCCUUCCGCGGCGACCGCCUGCGCCGCGUCGCCUCGGAGGACGAGGCGAUUGCGGGCUACCUUGCCGAAGCCGCCCGCCACGGAGCCGACAGCCGCGUGGAGCGGCUGACGACCCUGUUGGCACAGCAUGCGUCUUCGAGGGGGGCCCCGACUCAGAGCGGCGUUCGCCUACCAGACGCACCGCCUCUCCGGGCGGACGACGGGCGCGACGACGGGUUUGGCGAGAGCACUGGCAUGCGACUUGGCGGCGCGCGCGGCGCUGCCGCCCUGAGGCCGUUCCGACGUCGGACCCAGAGCAGCCCCCGGGCCGCCCCCGUCAUGGCCAGGCGGACUUGCCAGCUCGACAUGACGGGGGCCGUGAGCGAGGACACGCUGGCCUCCGGGGACGCGGAGCGGAAGCUGGCGCUGGCCGCCGCACCGAGGGCCGAGGAGGAUGGAGACAAGGGGGGAGCUCAAGGCGCCAAGGCAAGGAGGCUGGUGGGCGGCAGCAAGUCGAUGGAUGUGGGCAUCCGCUGGGGUUUUGGCCUGAUCCGCCGCCUGCGGGGGCUUCGCACGGCCUUCGGCGCCUUCGUCCGCUCCUCCAUGCACGCCGCUGGGCGAUGGCUUCGCACUCGCGUCGAGCACAUGUGGGUCAACGCCGUCGUUCUCGCGCUCUCCCACCUGCACCUGGGCGAGUCGCGGAGCUGCCCGCCGCGCGCCCGCGCGGGGAGGCCUCUCAGUUCGUCUCAGUCCGAGAUGGUGUCCAGGCUGAAGAGGCUUGUGCGACCGAUGUGCCAGCCCCUGCAAUGGCAAGGUGGCCGCGUGGAGAAGGCCGACGCGCUGCUCGACUAUCUCCUGAAUGCGAUGCAGCUCCCCCUGGGCGCCGCGGCGCCCUCUCCUGACUGCGAAGGGGCGACCGUCGACCCGAGCAAGGCUCCCUUCGCCAAGGCCGAGUGCCACUUCGACCCCCUGGCGCUCCUGGCUCCCUUCUCCGCCGCCACGUUCCUAGAGCCGCGGCUGCUGGCGCGGGAGGGGCCGGGUGCCAGCCCGCUGGCGCGCGCGGUCGGGCCUCCGACCCGGCCCGCUCCGGCGCGACCGGCCCGCCAGACGGGCAAGCCAGGCGACCUCCUCCAGUACCUGAAGCAGUGGGAUGACGUGGGGCGACUGGAGCUGGGCGACGUGACCGACUCCCCGCAGGCCCUGCGAGGUACCCUGUUCCCCGUGUUCAAGGACGCCAACACGCAGAGGGUCGUCUUCAAUCGCAUCGCGCGGAACUCGGCUGAGUUGCCGCUGGGCGGCUUCUCCAGAUUGACCCCGGGCGCCGCAACGCUGGUGGGCCUGGAGGUGCCGGCUGGCUUCGUCCUGCGUGUCUGGGCGGACGACCUCCAGGACUUCUAUCCCGCCUAUGACUGCACGUACGACAUGGCCUGCACCAACGACGCGGCGCUCCACCUCCCGACGAGGCUCUACGAGGGCUUCGCAGCGCUGGGCCGGCUUCGGAGGCGCUGCCGUCGGGAGGGUCGCGAGCUCCCCGAGAAAGUGGUUCCCUGCCAUGGCGGCCUGAUCAUGGGGGGCCUGAGCGCUCCCGACUGGGCGUGCGAGUCCCACAUGCGGCUGCUCGCCCACGCUGGCAGCUUCCCCCCAGAGCGGCGGGUGCUGAACCGCCACCUCGCCCCCGAGGGGUCUGUCUGGGAGGCCGUCGUGCUGGGCGACCACUUUGGCCUGGCGGUCGACGCUCCAGGCUCGCGGGAAGCUCGGCGAGCGAUCGAGGAGCCCUUCGCACGUGCGCGCGAGGGCUAUGCCAAGGCUGGCCUCAGGGUCAGCGCGGGCAAGGAGGUGAAGGACGCGGCGGAGGCGACGGUCAUCGGGGCAGAGCUCCUGGGCCACGACCGGCUCGUCGGCGCCUCUCGCACCCGCAGGCUGGCGUUGGCCUGGAUGGGCCUGUCCAUGGCCCGAGGCCGACGCUCCACUACGCUCGGGCUGCAGAGGUUCCUUGGCAUGGGGCUUUUCGCCGCGCUGUUCCGGCGGCCGACCCUGUCGCUCCUCCACUACUGCUACAAGGAGGUCGACGUCGGCCGCGACCCGCACGAGGUGUUCGACCUGAGCAGCGCGGCCUGCAACGAGUGCGCCCUGUUCGCGGUUCUCCUCCCGCUGAUGGCCACCGACCUCUCCGCAGGCUGGGGGCCGCAUGUUCUGGCCUCGGACGCCUCGCACCUGGCCGGAGCGUCCGUCAAGACGCCUGCCUCGGUGCCCAGCGCCAGAGCUUUUUGGCGCCAGCGCGAGCAGCGAGGCGCUCGUACGUGGCUUGACCCCUCAGGCUGGGCGGCCCUUGCCAACCCCGAGGACGGCGCCGUCCUGCAAGACCUGGGGGAAGAUGCCGCCCCUCUCCCUGACGUCGUCGACCCGACGGCCUCGCUGAUCGAGUACUUCGACGUGCUGGAGCUCUGCUGCGGGGAGGAGGCCCGCCUCAUGGGCUACCUCGCGGACCGGGGCCUGCGUACAGGCCCGGGGAUAGACAUCAAGUGCCACAAAUACUGGGACCUGGUUGACUCACGCUUGGCGGAGUGGGUAGUAUGGCUGAUCUGGCAGAGGCGCGUCAAGAUGACUAUAUCACAGGUUCCAUGCACCAGCUUCUCCAUCGCGAGGCACCCGAGGCUCAGGUCCAGGAUGCGGCCCUGGGGUUUCGACCCUUCUUCGACUCCGACGCGUCUGGGGAACGGCCUCUGUAGGGUGGGCAUGCUGGCGCUGUUCGCCCAUCUCCUCUCGGGCCACGGUGCCGGCCUGCACGGGCACCCCCUGACGGCCUACUCCUGGUACGCGCACAUCGUCGAGUUCCUGCUGACGCACGAGGCCGUGGAGCGCUUCGACCUCUCGAUGUGCCAGUUCGGCGCGCCCUGGAAGAAGGACACUAGCCUCCUGGUCGUGCGGGGCCCCUGGCUGGCGCCUAUGGCGAGGCGCUGUCGCGGGGGGCACAUGCACACGGUCUUAGAGGGCUGCCUGACCCCCAAAGCCGCGCUCUACCCGCACGGCUUCUGCUCCGAGCUGUCCAAGCUGAUCGCCGACCACGUGGAUGGGCCGAAUCCGCCGCCACCGGCGGAGAGCUCGGCGCCCGCUGGAGCGUUCGAGGCCCUCUGGCUGAACAAUUACGUCGACUCCGCGCCUUGGCAGCUGCACUGCCACCGCCCCUUCCGCAGGCCCCUCCACAUCAACUUGCUGGAGAUCCACGCGGCCUGCGACGCGGUGGACGAGCAGGGCCCACGGUUCUCCGAUUGCAAGCGCAACCUCUUCCUGGACUCCCGCGUCUCGAUCGGGGCCAUCAGCAAGGGCCGCUCCUCAUCGACUGCGAUCAACAAGCUCUUGAGAAGGAGGGCCCCGUUGCAGCUGGCCACGGGCUCCUACGUCGGAUGCCACUUCGUGCCGACGCGACUGCAGCCAGCCGACGCCCCGUCGCGCAAUCUCCGCGACCCGGCGAGCGCUCUGGCCCGCGGGGCCGGGGUUCCGUUUCCCGCUCCGAGCUGGCUGGCCGGCCUAGAGGCUGGGGGCGCCUCAGCCUUCCGCGCUUGGGCUGCGCUCCCGCUGCAGCGCCGGCAGCAGUCGCGGUGGGCUUGGCUCGUGGCGUGCCUCUGGUGGCGCGGGCUCCUGCGGCUCGCCCCUCGACCGCGGGUGCGCGACCCCGCGCUGCAGCUUCCCGGGCCGGCGCAGCCGCGGGCCCGCCCGGUCGGGCUCUUGGCGCUGCUGCUGCUGCUGCGGGGCCCUGCGGCCGCGCCGCGCCCGCCGACCUCCCGCCCCGCGGAGGACCUGGCGGCCGCGCGCAGCCUGACGCCAGUAGUCCAGGAGCGCCGUGCGGCCCUCGCCUUGCAGCUCCAGCAGUGGCUGGCGGGCCGCGUCGAGCCCCGCUGGGGCCUGUUCAUCCUGAUGGACCCAGCUCCGGUGGCCCGCCACCUGGCCAAGUACGGCCCGGUCCUGUACGACGCGAUGCGGAGCCGCCACGACUACGACGAGACGACAUAUGCAGUGGUGGACGCACAUCGGGCCCUCCGACACCCACUCGACGCGGCGUGGGGCACCUCCUUCGCGGGGGAGCACCUGACGCUUGGUUCGAACCACCAGGCGAUGCCGGAGGCGCUGCCGCUCGCUUUGGUGAGCCUUGCACUGGCGCUGGGCUGGCCCUUCGAGUUCCUGACGCUGAGGUUCGGGGACCAGAGGGACCACGUUCAGUAUAGGCUCACAGAUUCGCCAGACUGGGUCCGCUACUGGGGCCGAGGGCUCUCCGGUAGGUGGCUAGUCUUUUAA